UCGUGACUAAGUUUUCAAAUAAGAAGGUAUAUCAGCUGAACUGAGAUCUGCUGUUGUGAAGAUGGUGUUUGUUAAAGAGGAGAAUGAGGAGGAUACGAGUGAACCAGAACUCUGGAGAAUAAAACAGGAGGAACCAGAAAACUGGAGAAUAAAACAGGAGAACCCAGAAAACUGGAGAAUAAAACAGGAGGAGCAAGGAGGCCUGAUGAAAUUCAAAGAGGAAAGACAAGAUCUGAAUGAAGUGGAAGAGAAACAUCAGGAUCAGAAAGCUCACGAUGCCACUGGAGAAAAAUCAGUGAGUUGCUCCAAGACUAAAAACAGUUGCUCACAACGGAAUAUUAAAAGAAAAGGGGUCAAAAGGCCUUUCAGCUGCUCUCAGUGUGGAAAUGCAUUCACUCAUAAAAAAUACCUUAAGAAUCACAUGAGAAUUCAUAAUAGAAUAAGACCUUUUGUCUGCUCUGAGUGUGGAAAUGCUUUCAACCAUAGAGGAAGCCUUUGGAAUCACAUGAAAAUUCAUACGGGAAUAAAAGCUUUCCUCUGCGCCCAGUGUGGAAAGAGUUUCAAACAGAAAAGAAACCUUGACGAACACAUAAUAAAUGUUCAUACUGCAAAAAGGUCUUUCACCUGCUCUGAGUGUGGAAGUACUUUCAAACACAAAGUAAACCUUAUGACUCACAUGUUAAUUCAUACAGGAAAAAAGCCUUUCACCUGCUCUGAGUGUGGAAACACGUUCAGCCACAAUGGAAGCCUUUGGAAUCACAUGAAAAUUCAUACUGAAAAUAAGUCUUUCUGCUGCUCUCAGUGUGGAAAGUGUUUUACACAGAAAAAACAACUCAAAGAACAUAUGCGCAUUCACACCUCAGUAAAGCCUUUCAGCUGCUCUCAGUGUGGAAAAACAUUCACACGUAAAGAAACCCUUAAGUAUCACAUGUUAAAUCAUGCUGGAAUAAAACCUUUCAGCUGCUCUCAGUGUGGAAAGAGUUUCACACAUAGAAAACAACUUAAUAUGCAUGUGCGUAUUCACACUUCAGAAAAGUCUUUCACCUGUUUUUAGUGUGGAAUUGCUUUCCCAUGUAAAAGAAGCCUUGAGAUAGAGUUGGGAGGCAGUUGUUCACUGUCUAUGGCUAAUAGACAUGACAAUGUUGAGCUGGCAUCAUGAUUCCUCCCCCCACCCCCUCUCCUGCAUCCCAAUACCGUGGUCAGAAAGGAAAUUACGUGUACUACUGAACCUCUGUGCCUCUUCUUGGGAAAAAGCCUUUUACUUGCUCUCAGAGUGGAAAGUGUUUCACCUGUAAACAAGGAUUUAAUAGUCAAAAGAGAAUUCACAUUGAAGCAAUUCCUUAUGCAUGUCAUCUGUGUGUAAAGAGCUUUAAAUGGUGAUUUAAAGGUGCUGU